AUGGAGGUUCUCUCCUGCGAGCUUAACCACGUGCUCCAGGACUUUUUCAAUGCCGGGGCGAGAAAGCCUCGACGAGGACCAUAUUUUUCAGGUCGAGCAGAGCUGGUGGCGCUGAUGUGUUGUGUCAUUGUAGCUAUUCAUUCGUUUUCCCUGAUCAGCGCAUUGGGGACCGAGGAAACCUCAAUGUGUGUGGAGGUUGACAACGUCACCACGUGCACAUGCGCAGCACAGCCUUCCCGAUCUGAGAAGACUUCGACGGCGACCAUUUCCCAGGAGAAGAAUACGUUGAAAAUGGUCUGCAAAGAAGGUCUCAAGUGCGCACCCGCCGAGUUGACGGGCUCCAUCGCUUGCGUAGGGGGCACGGACGACCUGACAGAAUGCAAAGGCAGCACCAGCAGUACCAAACACGACUCGUGCUUAGACGUUAAGGAUAUUCUUACUGGAACCACUUCCAGCAUUCAGUGGAAAGACACUACAGCACAGGGCAGAGCCAAAGACCAAUCCAGAUCCCUCACAGUCCCGCCGGAGACCAUCCCUUUUGUCGAUGAAAAGUUCGUUGUCGGCUGCAUCUCGUCUACGAGCAGCUCUACAACGAGCUGUAAGGUUGACGUGAAGAUUGAGGCGAGGGCAACGGCGAAAAACGACCAAACUGUCGUGUGCGCCUACGGGGCGCGCAGCAAUCAAACACGCCAAGCUGUCACGCUGAGCCCUUCCCAAAACAGCUUCACUUUAGUGUGUGGAGAUAAGGGGGAGGUCUUACCCAAGGCAUACGCACAGACGUAUUGCUCUCCAGACUCGAAGGAUGCCAGCGAGACUUGCAGCGGAGACUACACAACGAUCCUUGCUGGCUAUGAAGACAAGUGGUGGAGCGCAGACGACAAGGCCCGCUCCUUCACGCUUUCAGUGCCGGCCGACAAGUUCCCAUCAAAGGCGGCGAAACUGUUGGUCGGAUGCCGGCAGGAGUAUCCGCUCAGUGAAGACAAGAAAAAUGCACCAGCAGAAGGAUCCACCGUUUGUAGUGUUGAUGUGUUUAUCGAAGCUAAUGCAUCCUCUUCAUUGUCUGUGGGGUCAUCAGGGGCGUACCCAGUGUUUGCAACUGUUGGCACAGUCGUCGCGUUCACCACUUCCCAUGCAUAG